UUCCUACGCUUACUCUCGAAGCAGACGAUUUUUGUUGUAAAUGUGACUUUGGUGAUCGUGCUCAAGAAACCAACAUCCAGUUUAUUAAAUAUGUUUUCGAGCCCUAGAUUAGUCCAUUUUUUAAGUCGGCAGAUCCGAAACAGAUGUAUCUCAUCCAAGGUUCCGGACAGACCAACCUGGAUAACAGUAAACCACGACAGACUUCCACAGGUGGAGGAAAUAAGCAGAGAGCUAGUAGAUCAUUUAGAGAGGCUUUCACUGGUAGAAUUCAGCAAUGAAGAGGGAUUAAAAAGACUAUCAAGUGCCAUAAAAUCUGCUAACCAGCUCUACAUGGUGAACACUGAUGAUGUAGAACCAUUGGAUACUGUGCUAGAAAACAGAACAUUGUUUCUUCGUAAAGAUGAAAUCACCGAGGGGGGUUGUAGGGAUGCAAUACUUUCAAAUGCAUGCAGAACAGAAGAAGAAUACUUUGUAGCUCCACCAGGAAACAUACCUUUAAAACAGGAAGACAAGGCGUACAAGGAGAAACUGAAGUAAACAAUUGCGGGGAGAAAGGCACUUACAAGAAGAAUUUUGUCUUUCACAGAAAUCUUUUAACGAGGAGAAAUCGACGCAUUGCUUGCUUCAGUGUUUGCAAUAAAAAUUAUCUGUGUAUUGAGCUAUU